AUGGGCACCUACUCCAAAGAGAAUGUAGCAUCUCCAGUUUCUUCUCUACCGGUGGAGAUUCUAAUCCUCAUCUUCGACAUUUACCUCAGCAGGGGCCCGGUGUUUGAAGACGAGUUCCAUGGCUACUAUGACGGAUACCUCAACAGUCGCUGUAGCCCGCUCAUUUUAAUGCAGGUCUGCAGUCACUGGCGGGCGAUAGCGUUGGCCACCCCUUCGCUUUGGACGUUCAUAUGCCCUUCUUACAACCCCAUUCGUUACAUCCGUCACUGGCUCGCCAUCUGCCCGAAAUAUCCCCUCGACCUACAACUAGCCAAUCGUGCGAUCGAAGACGUUCCACGGGGCUAUGUCUAUGCCGUCUUCAACCUGUUCACCAAGGAAGCACACCGCUGGCGGUCACUGUCUAUCGACUUCGACCACGACGUUGCCGAAGGAUUCGUCAAGCUUUUGCAGUCCGACCGCACCGUUCCUUUGUUACUCGAAGAUUUGAAGAUCGAGGCUUUUCAACUUGACCAUAUGGUUCCCGUUUCCACAUUUCAUGCCAUAGCCGCCCUUCUAUCGCGUCUGAAAGCUCUUCGACGCCUGAUUUGGGUUGACUCGCGUGGCGAGGGCCCUCUUCACGGAAUUCCGUGGAGCCAGCUGAAGACGGUGACCAUCAAGCUUCCAUCAUCCUUGGAGGAUAUCUUCUCCUACCUUUCUCAAUGCACCUCCGCCACCCAGGUCGAAUUUUGCACCGAAACUCCGCUCCAACCUCAGAAGACUCGCUUGCCAUCCCAUCGCCUUCCACCCCUCACUCUUCCACAUCUCACCUCCAUCAGACUCUCGCGAGGGUGUGAUCCAAUGUGGCUCUUGCAACACUUCACCAUGCCGUCCCUUCAACACUUGGAGAUCGGGGUCCUUCGUCGUAAUCAACCGUUCCUGGAGGAAUUCGUGAAACGCUCUCCCCACCUUCACACCUUGAUUGUGGAUGAGAGAUAUCAUGAGGACUACGAUCUCUACGUGGAUCAGGUCCCUGUUUCUGAUCACGAAAUCAUCGCCUACCUCACCAACCCCUCCUUGCGCGCCAUUCCUCGCGUCGGAAUUGACCUAACGUACGCGAAGGAGAGGACCCUUGCCUUGAUUCAACAGCGAUUAGAUGCACACCGACCUCUUCCACCGUUGCUGUGCUGGAGGCCGUCGCUAUAUCAAAGGUUAGUCGGAUGGUGGGAUAAGUUAGAUCCCACGUUCGAUGCGCUGUUAUUCUCUUAUAAAGAAGGUUCCGUCGAAUUCUCUCCGGAGUAUGAGUUCGACGAUUCAGACUGUCUUUCCUAA